UGUAUCUUUCCUAAACGAAAAAACUGAUUUGCUCAUACUCUCAGAGGAUCGCGCGCUUGUAGUACUAUCAACACCCUAAUUUGCCAAUUAUUUGAGUUCAAAUCAAAUUUCUUCACACAUUUCUUUUAAUUUUUUCGAUCAGUGUCAGCUUCUACAAUGUUCAACAACAAUAGCAUCUCGAUCUCCGUCUCGGAUGAGGAGUCGGACGAGCUCGGUAAGAUGCGAGUUCGAGUCCGUAGAAAGCGCAAGAAACCAGGUUACCGAGACAAGAACGAGUUAACUCUCCGAGUUUGCAGGCUUCUUGUGAAGUACUGGAUGGUUCUGAUCUUCCUCCCCGCAGCUGGUUUGCUCCUAUUCGAGGCCUCGAGGAUUGGUAGGAGGCCGAGUUUGGUGGCGAGCCCGGAACACGGCAUGGUAAAGAAAUUGGAGAUGAAACCUCAGGUGAAUUUGAAUCGGCUCGAUCCAACGACUCGUGUUGUCGGCGGCGUUAGAGAACGUUGCUUGAAGCUCCUACCUCCACAAGAACUUGAGCAUCUGGAUAUACCCAUGCUUGAAGAUACCAGGAGUCCUGUUAAAAGUGUUCUGUAUAUAUCAGAGAAAGAUACACCAUUUCUAGGCAGGAAUACGACCAUUCCUCAACAAAACUCAGAAGUCAAAAGAUUCAAUUUAUUUACCGGAAACCAAACUCUUGAUCAGAGAGACGAAAGUUAUAAGGUGAGAGAAACAGCUGCAAUACAUUGCGGAUUUUAUAGUGAAAAUGGAGGGUUUAGAAUUUUGGACGAGGACAGAAGAUACAUGGAAACUUGUAAGGCUGUCGUGUCUACUUGUGCAUUUGGUGGUGGAGAUGACCUUUAUCAACCUAUUGGAAUGUCGGAGGCAUCUGUCCAACAGGUAUGCUUUGUUGCAUUCUGGGAUGAUGUUACUCUGGAAACUCAAGAAUCUGUUGGACAUAGAAUUGGUGAGGACCAUUUUAUUGGGAAAUGGCGCAUUGUGGUUGUAAAGGAUCUUCCCUUCUCGGACCAAAGGUUGAAUGGUAAAAUCCCAAAGAUGUUGGCUCAUCGCCUCUUUCCUCAAGCAAAAUAUUCUAUUUGGGUGGACUCGAAGUCCCAAUUUAGAAGGGACCCUUUAGGUGUCCUGGAAGCUCUGCUUUGGCGCUCAAAAUCUGUACUCGCGAUUUCAGAACAUGGAGCUCGAAGCAGUGUAUAUGAUGAGGCUAAGGCUGUUGUCAAGAAAAACAAAGCUACGCCAGAAGAAGUUGAGGUCCAGUUGAGUCAAUAUCAACAUGAUGGGUUGCCUGAUGACAAGAGAUUUAAUGGGAAGAAAGCCUUAGCUGAAGCUUCGGUCAUUGUGAGGGAGCAUACGCAAUUGACUAAUCAGUUUAUGUGCCUCUGGUUUAAUGAGGUAGUUCGAUUUACUUCUCGAGAUCAACUCAGCUUCCCAUACGUUUUAUGGCGAUUUAAAGUGCUCAAGAACAUCAAUAUGUUCCCUGUUUGCACCCGCAAAGAUCUUGUUAACAGCAUGGGGCAUAUACGCAAAGCUAAGCCUUUAAGAAGUUAAAGACUGUCUGCUUCGACAACUUUCUUUUGAUUUGCUCAAAUGGUUACCAAUAGGUUUCGUUCAUUCGUAACUCAAUUUGUAGUUAAAUUAUUUUUUGAGACUUGGUCUCAGAAUCCCCAACCCCAACUUUUUUCCCUGCGCAUGAGUCGUUGCCCAACUUGGUAACUAUCAUGAUGUACACCUUGGUCGAUAGAAAACUUGAAGCCAACUAGCUUUCGGAAACUUGCAAAUUUAUGCACUUAUACAUGAUUAUGUAUGGAAUCCCAUGAAAAUAUCUUUGUACAAAUCUUGAAUUGGGGACGAA